AUGUCUGAUCUGGAACACAUUGCUGAGCCCGCGUGUUCGUCUUCGCCGCCGGCUACUCAAACGUGGGAUGCUACGCCCAUUAACUAUGCCUUUCUGGUACACUCUCAGAAAACAUUGACCCAGAAUCUCCCGCCGCGGGUGGACAACAAAUUGCUGGCACGGCAAAAGCGGCGUCGCACAAGUCCAGAAGAUCACGCAAUCCUCGAGGCAGAAUAUCAACGAAACCCCAAGCCAGACAAGACGGCCCGAGCUAGUAUAGUCAGUCGCGUCUCAUUGGGCGAAAAGGAAGUGCAGAUCUGGUUUCAAAAUCGCCGUCAAAAUGACCGUCGCAAGUCCAAGCCUCUUCAGCCCCACGAGCUCCUCGCACCUCGAUCAAGCGCGUCCGACGCGUCGAAACAUGUCCCCAGUGACGACAGCCUCUCUUCGGAAAUCGUCCCUUUUAGUAGCCCCGAACAGCCCGAGGAGAUUCGACAGGAGACGGUCCCGUCAACACAAUCAUCGGACAACUCCUGCGAGUCUGAUGAAGCACUUGAGGAUAAGGGUGGCCUAGAACAACCGGCUUUCAGCUCUCAAACAAGCUUGGCUACGUCUGUAGCGCUGGAAAGUUCGCAACCAGUAUCGAAAGAGGCGAUUGUGGAGCCAGAGUCAGCUCAGACACAAGAGGUACCAACAUACGAUGAGUCGCAACAGAACAUCGUGAAAAGGAAACGAUCAGUCACGGAGGUUCAGUGUGACCAGCCAUAUGUGCAGGGUGCGUCGACACCGAGCCAAUUCCACGAUAUUAAGUCACCGCCUUCGCUGCGGCUAUCGCUUUCGUUCGAUGGGGAAGCCAUGGUUCGGAAAGAAGGCGAAUUCACACCCUCGCCUCCGAAAGGACGGAAUGCUCUUCGCAUCGCAAUGUCGUCCGACGGGAAAGCUGUUAUCAGAGCUGACGGCGAGCCCUCUCCGUCGAGGAAUCGUAUCUCCAUGUUCUCGGCUCGGAAGCCUCCUUUCACAGGGCUUCGCAGGAGCAGUAGUGCGGUGGCUUUCAGCACCCCGCGAGCUGGCAGCACGGAUGCAGAGAGGAUGUUUGGAAGAUCCAGAGAUCCCAGAAACUGGGAGGCUUUUUUCGAUACCGAUGCGCGAAGUGCCCUCUCCACCCCAACGAGCUCACAAAGUGCGCCAGGGGCUGGAUCUCCUGGGCUCUUCCGAUCCCGGAGUCAGCGCUCCUUGACCAGAAGUUUAUCAGCAAAGCACAACAUGUCUCUGCUGAUGAACUCAGCAGACUACCUUAAUACCCCGGUUCCGAAACCGAACAGCGAGAAGAGACGGAAGAUCUCUCGUACUGUCUCGUCACUGGGCCGAUUAGAGUCUGAUCACAAGUUGUCUUACGCGGGAUCCAACCCGAAGGCCUAUAUGGAAGCGGCGAAAGACGGGGAUGUCGACUUGCAGUGCGGUGAUUCAGAUAAAGAGAACUGGAUCCCCGGGACGAGAGUUUCCCACAAUCGCCGUCGGGUUGCAUCUCAUAACAAUCGACGCAUGCCCUAUCUGACAAGAACCGUGGCCGAGGGCCAUAAGCCCAGAGUGGCUGUUAUCGGAGCGGGCUUCGCAGGCUUGCGAUGCGCGGAUAUCCUCAUCCAGAACGGCGCCCAAGUCGUUCUCUUCGAAGCAAGAGAUAGACUCGGUGGGAGGGUGCAUCAGAGCAAGAUCCAUGAUCAUCUGGUUGACAUGGGCCCGAAUUGGAUUCAUGGCACUGGAAAGAACCCCAUAGUCAGCAUUGCUGAAGCCACAAGCACCGCCGUGGAGGGCUUCGAAGGGCACCAGGCUCUUAUAGCUCCCGAUGGGACCCCGAUCAGUGAUGAUGUCGCCCAGAGGGUCUCGAACGUCCUGUGGACAAUCAUCGCCAAGGCAUUCCAGUACAGCAACACCUACAAAGAGACGAUACCUGUCGAUCGGAGCUUACUUGACUAUAUAAAGGAACAAGUGGCACUGACCGAUCUCAACGAGGAAGAACAGGAGCUGUGCGUUGAGUCUAGCAGGAUGUGGGGUGCCUAUGUCGGUGACCCCAUCGAGAGGCAGAGUCUGAAGUUUUUCUGCCUCGAAGAAUGUAUAGAUGGAAACAACUACUUUGUGGCAUCUACAUAUACACGGAUCUUAGAACAUGUCUCCAAGACCGCACGCCAACACGCGGAUAUCCGGCUCAACCAACCGAUCAUCAAGAUCGAGUCCUCAAUUCGCGAUGACAGCAGCAGCACCACCACUACCACCACUACCCCAUCAUCCAGCACACAAGUGACCAUCACAACAGCUUCAGGGGAAACCUCCACCUACGACGAAGUAGUCGUCACCUGCCCCCUAGGCUGGCUCAAGCGCAACAAAGACGCAUUUGCCCCAUCCAUCCCUCCGCGCCUCAGCCAAGCCAUCGACAGCAUUUCCUACGGCCGCCUCGAGAAAGUAUACAUCACCUUCCCGCGCGCCUUCUGGCACACCUCCCCUGCAUCAUCAUCACCUUCACCCAGCACCAGCACCAGCACCACCGCCCCCAAUCCCACCGUCAACCCAUCAACCUACAAAUCCUACCAAACCCCGACGUUCGCCCAAUUCCUCAACCCAAGCUACUCAACCAGCCACCCGGCCGAAAUCCACUGGAACCAAGAAUGCAUCUCGCUCGCCGCCCUCUCCUCCGGGGAAACCGCCCACCCGACCCUCCUCUUCUACACCUUCGGCCCCAGCGCGACGCACAUCGUCUCGCGGAUCGCACACCUGGCCCCCACCUCCGCGGAGUACUUUGCGGAGCUCCACCAAAUCUUCCACCCCUUCGUCGCCCGCCUGCACAACUACUCCCCAACCGCGGCGGAGUGCCAGCCGCUCGCCUACCUGGCGACGACGUGGCAGACGGACCCGUACGCGGGCCACGGCUCGUACUGCAACUUCCAGGUCGGGCUGCAGCGGGGGGACCGGGACAUCGAGGUGCUGCGGGCGGGGAUGGGCGCGGACCGCGGCGUGUGGUUCGCCGGCGAGCACACGGCGCCGUUCGUGGCGCUGGGGACGACCACGGGCGCGUAUUGGAGUGGGGAGCGCGCGGCGGCGGGGAUCUGCGAUCUUUAUGGUUUGGGGACGGUGGGGUUGGGGGUCGGCGGCAUGAGGGAUGAUUCUUUGCCGUCGGCUGGUGCGUGA